AUGACCAACAACACCACAACAGGCGGCUCAGCAGGCAAGCCCGCCAUUCUCUGCCUACACGGCGGAGGAACCAACGAAGCCAUCUUCCAAAUCCAAACGAUGCGCAUCCAAAACGCGCUCACCCCCUAUUUCCAGUUCGUUUUUCUCUCCGCACCUUUUGAAAGCGCGCCCGGUCCGGACGUCUUACCUGUAUUCGAAGGCUGCGGUCCUUAUUUCCGCUGGGUUCCGGAGACUUCUUCUUCAUCAUCAUCAUCAUCGGCGGCACAAGAGGAGAUGCCCAUCGAGACGAAAAAAUUACUGAACCGUAUCGCGCAGGAGCAGAGAGCCAAAGAUGGCCGAGGUUUCGUAGGAGUCUUGGGAUUUUCGCAGGGCGCGCGACUAGCUGCGGGUUUGUUGCUGGAGCAGCAGCAGUUGGGGGGCACGGGAGGAGGUCUGGAUUGCGGGGAGUUCGCUUUUGGAAUCCUGUGUAAUGGUGUUUGUCCGCCCCUAACAUCGUCGGCCUCUGCACACACGCAAAAGAUCAAGAUCAAGAUCCCCACGCUUCACGUCAUAGGACUAGAAGAUCCUUGGAGGGAAGAGAGUCGCAAACUAAUGACCGACUAUUGUGAUCCUAAAUAUGCGGUGUGUCUGCAGUUUGGUGUCGGUCAUAGGUUUCCUGUAUUAAAGGAUGAUACGGAGAAAGUUGCGAAGGAGAUCUUGAGGUUGCAUGGUGAAACUUUGGGAAGAAAUUUGGUGAAUUAG